CGUACUUUAUCGCUGUAUUUGCAGAUGCGUGGUCAGAAGCCGCUGCUGUUAAACUGUGGGGGCGUGAUACUCACACAGCACCACGUGCUCACCGCUGCGCACUGCUUAAAUCUAGAAAUCAAUGACACUACAGCUGCUACUGGCACUACCAUCUUGAGGGCAUCUAAAGUUGUCAUUCGCGUCGGAUCUACCUACAAUGACCGCGGAGGCUCAGAGCAUGCGACGUCCAAGACCGUGGUUCACGAGAGCUAUACCUUCCCUUUUAACGACGUGGCAGUGUUGGUGCUGUCGGACAGUAUAAGCAACUACCGGAGCAGCUCGGUGCAGCCAGCCGCCAUCCCCCCGGGGGGGUAUGUGGUCCCGGACAACGCGUCUGUGGUAGCUGUCGGGUGGGGACGAACUGAUGAGAACUGCAGCAACUCAAGCCCCCUCGGCCUGCGGCGCGUGGGGCUGCGCACGGUGGACCGAGACACCUGCGCCGCGCGUUAUUCGAUCUUCUCAUACAACAACAUGCUCUGCGCGGGGCUGCUUGGUGUUGGAGGAGCCGGUAUUUGUUCGGGUGACUCCGGUGGUCCCCUGGUGUACAACGGGGUGGUGGUGGGGGUGACCUCAUUUUCGGUGACAUGCGACGAUUCCUUCUACCCUCAAGUGUUCAUGCGCGUUUCUAGCUACACCAACUGGAUCAACAACACUGUAAGUCAAAACCAGGUUGUGGUUGUGGACAAGAACAGUCACAACACCGCCGUGGCAGCUGACGUCACCAGGUUGAUGCUACUCGUCUUCGCAACGUCAAUUGGGAUUAUGUAUUCCAAAAUCUCAUUAUUUUUUUAAGUAGGUAGCUACCGAUGAUAGUUUUAAUGUCUAAAUUUAAACUUAUUGUGUUUAAAUUAUAAUAUUAAUAUUUUUUAUAAAUUUAUGUUUAAAAAGUGGCUUUUUAGGCAAAUACUGUAAGUUUUGCAUUUCCGUUUAUAAUGUUUUUUUUUUCUUAUUAUACAUAUAGGAUGUUCUCGGAGUGGUAGGUAUAUUGUUACCUGAAAAGGGGUGACUCAGACUCAUUCUGAGAAACUUUUGUCAGGUAGUUUAACUUGAUUGUGUUGAUG